CAGCAAAUAACAACGUUAGGCAAUCUAACUCACGAAUGUCCAAAACAUAUUGUAAAUCUUUACAAAUAUGUACCGCAGCAGCAAAAAUUAUAACGCAUAUAGGAGUUGAAGCAUUAAAUAAUAUUAAUGUAUGCAUAACAUUUCCAACCAUGUUUCAUUGCUUAGCAAAAGCAGCAAAAGUUCACGAGAUCAAUGUUGCGUCUUCACAACAAGUUUUAGCUGAAUCAUCAUACAGAAACAUUAUAAAAACGAUCAAAAUUUUCCAAUUUUAUCAACAAAAUAAUAUAAUGACAGAAUUAGCCAAACAAACAAUUAAAGCAUUGGAUAAUAUUUUAAUGAAAUAUCAAGAAAAAUUCAAUAACGAAAAUGUUUCGUCAUCAUCGUCCGCAAAUAUUAUAAAGAUAUCACCUACUAUCGCGAAUCAGUCAUAUGGUGAACCAUCUACACCAACGGUAGAUAGAACCAACUCAAUGAUUACACCCUUUGUUGGGUAUACACAAUCGCCUACAUCUGCAAACUCUGUAAAUUCCAACACUAAAAGAGGACCAUCAUCUCCAACUAAUAUGCAACAAACACAAAAUUUCACAUAUUCGUCACAAACAGAUGGAACUGGAACACAAUAUAUUCCAAUAAAUCUUGGUAAUAAUCAAUUAUUUGACCAAUUCACUACCAUGCAAAUGCAACCACCGACCGUUAUGUCACCAACUGUAGCGACUGAUAUGUCAUCAUCAGAUCAAUUCUGGGAAAUUGGAAUGAGUUUUGGAGCACAACCUGGCAUAGUUGGAUUUAACAAUAAUUCUUAUAAUCAGAUGACUGUAACAGGAUCUUUAGCAACUUCGACGACAACAACGCCAUCAUUACCACCAAGUACUUCAGCAUCACCUACAGAUUAUUUCACUUCGCAGCCAAUGCAACAACGACAAAGACGACAAACACCUACGACUACAUCAUCUCCUAUCAAUUACACAUCCUCUCCAAACACGUUUAAACCUCACGCACGAUCAAAUCCUAUGGCUUUGGACUCCAUCGAACAUGAAAGUGAAAACGGAACGACAAUGAUGACGGAAACAAUGAGGAAUGUGGCAUUACAAAAUGUCCAUAAUUCUCAGCAAAGGUAUGUCUUUAUGGAUACGAAUGACAAUAAUCCCUCUAUUGACAAUAAUAUCAAUAAUGGGUUUGUUGUUGAGGGAAGUGAUGUCUUUGGUCGAAUAUCUUCCUCCAAUGAGACUCAUCCCCGAAUUUUCAACAAGAUCCCACAACGUCUGAGGAAGAAAGAAGACAUAAACCACUAUACCGACUAUUCUUCUAAUAACGAUCAACAAAGCAUGUCUAACGCUAAUGCAAUAAAUGUCCUAUCUCGAAGAUCGAGCGGCGGUCUUUGCGGUCGUUUCAAAUUCGGUAAUCCCGUCGGUUAUCUUGAAGUCACUUCUAUCGGUGGUGAUGAUUAUGAACAAUAUGAUU